GUCACGAGCUUAUAUAGUAUUCUGCCUAGUCUCAGUCGACGCGCGGUGGUUCUGGUGAUCAGUCAAAGAAAUGGCUUUCGGGAAGGCCAAUGUACUUGCUAUACUGUUCUACUGCUUAUUUCUGGUGGCCUCCAGUGGAGAAGAAGAUUUCCGUGGAGAAUUCCAAAGUCCCGCCUGGGCUGGAUACUACCAGGAUAAUGGCACCCACUACAUAUUAUACGAGAAACCAAAGGUCACUCGGCCGAGCUAUCUCGUCAGGAAUAUAUCGACUAAUCCCGCAAUCAAUGCCCUCGAAUCUCUGGACUAUUUGCCCACCAGGAUUGUGAACGGAGAGAAGAUCAGCAUCCUUAAUGCCCCCUACCAGUGUGCACUGCAUUACCAGAAAAGUUUCAUUUGCGGCUGCGUGAUCAUAAGUAGGCGUUGGAUUCUCACAGCCCAGCACUGCAAAAUAGGCAAGCCAGGAAGCUACACUGUUAGAGCUGGAUCUACCCAGCAGAGGCGUGGCGGAGAAGUGCGCCAGGUCCAGAAGAUCGUCUCCCAUGGCGGAUACAGUGAACGCACAAUGAAGAACGACCUAGUAAUGAUGAAGCUAAAGGAGCCCCUCAAGUUCCGAAAGGGUGUGCAACCCGUGAAGCUGCCCAGUCCCAAAACAAAGAGAUUUCCGAGGUGCUACUGGGCCACCGGAUGGGGUCUCACCUCGGCCAAUGCCCAAAAUGUCCAAAGGUACUUACGCAGAGCACGAGUCUGCAUGGUGGGGCGAUCCAGGUGCCGUCAGAUGUACCGGAAAGCGGGAAUAAAGAUCUACAAGGUUAUGAUCUGUGCCAAAGGGAAGAAUCGGGACACCUGCUCCGGCGAUUCAGGAGGACCAUUGGUCCACAAUGGUGUCCUUUAUGGCAUCACAUCCUUUGGCAUUGGUUGUGCCAAUGCUAACUAUCCAGGUGUCUAUGUCAAUAUAAAAAGAAAAGUGAAGUGGAUGCAAAAAGUUGUACGAAAGUAUUAGGUAUUUUAAAAAUGUCAUACAAGUUACAUUCCAGUCCUGGUGGGUCGUUCAACUUAAGAAUGAUUUAAUAAAAUACUAUAUUAAACUAUACACUAAGCCAACUAACACG